AUGAAUGAGUCUGAUUCUUUCCGCAAGGGAUUCAUGACUGAAUUACAAGUCGUAACUGUAAAGAUCGUGAAGAAGAUGUACGAGUUCCGGGAGACGACCUACAUUAACUUAAAGGUCGCAUGUGACACCGUAGCACUAGUAAAAUAUACUCCUCGAACUGGCCACCAGACACCGUCAGCUGGACAACAAAGGAGCGAAAGCGCCCCCCGGCCUGACGAACACUGUAGUUCGCCAACGCUAUCCUUCGCCGGUCAAUUCGACAUCGGACCGGAGAUAUCGACCACCGUCGGGGCCAACUACAAGCUUGCCGAGCAUGACGUGACCAACGUGCGGUCCGUGAGCGUCCGCCCAACCGACACCGGCCUGCCGGUGUACAUCGUGGCAAGGCUGGAGAACAACAAGCUGACGCUGACGACCAGCGACCAGUUCGCCAACUUCGAGAAGCUGGACGAAAAGCUGGUGUUUUUCAACGUGGUCGUCUUCAACUGCCAGUCCGGCACGGUGCGCGAAAUGACCUACCGGCAGAAUAUCUUGGAGGAGAACAACUACGACCCACUGUUCAGCCGGGAGGUGUACGAUAUUAAAGUGCCGCUGCCGUUACCGAGAGACUUCAAUCUAAUCCAGUUUGUGGACGAUGGCAAAGGAAUAGUAGCGAACGAUUACGAUAUUACGAAGAACACGGUAACAUUUUCCAUCGAUGAAAACGACUACUUUACCGUGAGUUCGUCCCGUGGAUCUUCCCGCACGGAGUUCAUUGGGAACCUUAUAACGAAACAGACGUUAACCAAAAUUCAGCCAAUUUCCCUGCAAAUCUAUGCUGAGGAUGAAUGGAACCCACCAAGAAAAUCCCAGGCGAGACUCACCAUAAGCGGCGACCCAGUGAUCGUAUACAUAACUCCCCCGGAGUUCGAACAAAGUCUGUACAAAAUAAGCUACAAACUCGGGAACACAUUCGAACCGAUUCGCGUGAACCUAGUGGCGGGGUCGUACGACACCACGGUACAGUAUCUGCUGUCCGGCGACGAUAGCACAUAUUUCACCGUCACCCCGACGGCUGAUCGUGGCAGCGCCACCCUAACCCUCCGAUCUGGGACACAAGUCGAUAAAACGAAAACGAUUCUUAGUGUCACGGUUUCGGCGACACGCACCGGUACGGAUAGUAUCGGUCGGACGGCUCUGGUGGUGGAUGUAGCAAGCGAUCUGGCAUUUGAACAGACGUUAUACACAGGUAGCAUCUCUACCGAGCGUGUCAUUUCCCUCGAUGCCGCCAUCAGACUAAUACCUUCCGCUGGCGUCGGUACUGUAACCGUCCAGUUGACCGGGGACGAUGCAAAGUAUUUUGCGGCAACGCUGACCAACAACCAGGUGUCCAUCACCCGAUCCGCACUGCUCACCGAUGCGGUAGUGAAAGAGAAAUAUUUCUUCCUAGUCGGCAUACAGGCGGAGAAAGCCUCCGUCGAUGUUGGGGAGACACUUUUGGUGCUAUCGGUUGCGAAAACGAACCUGCAGGUUCCACAGUUUGAGCAACCGGUGUACGAGGGUACCGUAACGGAAGCGGGAGUUGUGAGUGUGCCGACGGUAAAGAUUUCCUCCGACAGCCUGGUUAGCGGCCUAACCUUCAGCUACACAGGUGACGUGGACCUAUUCAGCAUUACCGCGAGCCCCACUACCGGUACGAUCAGUAUCGUUCCAAAUGGGAUCACACCUGAAAAGCUGGCGGAUAAAAGCUACCUACUGGUGACCGUUACCGGGAAGCUGGGAGACGUCGACGCAGCACACGCCGUAAUCGUUAUGAGGGUGGUUCGGGCAGCGAUCGUGCUGCCAAAGUUCUCCAAACCCUAUCUCGAGGGUCAGCUGUUGGAGAAAACGCUCGAACUGCGCGUACCGAACGUGGAGCUCGCGGUGACUUCAUUUUCCACCAGCACCGAAAUCAAGCUAACCGACGCACUAGGGUUUUUCGCCAUCCAGGAGUUCUUUCCGCCCAAUGUGUUCCAGGUGUUUCUGCGUGGAAAUGUGACGAGCGAAUCGUUGCGUGGAAUUGAUCGCAUUCCGCUGACGGUGGAGGCUAAAAAUCCCAACUCCGAAGCAGUCUACUGUGUCAUCACCGUCGAUGUUGUGCGGGUUACACCACCCGCCUUCGAACGGCUGAUCUACGAAGGAGUGAUCGACGAUUCGAAACUACUUGUCGAGUCGAUAACUGCGAAGCUCACGUCCGAAACGCUGGACGAAACGGUGCAGUACUCGUUGGACGGAACCGAUGCUGCGUACUUCUUGCUCGAUUCCACCACCACGGACGGUGUAUCGGUAAAGCUGCGAGCUGCCUUAACGGACAGUGAGUUCGAGAGUCGUGAUAUGUUUCAGUUUAGCCUGAAGGCAACAAAACAACUCGCCGCCAGCGAUGCGAUCGUACCCGUUGUCGUCUACAUUAAGCGACCACUGGUAAAAAUUCCAAAGUUUGAAAAACCUCUCUACAAAUCGCGGGUUAACAGCGAGCUGCAGCUGGUUCCAUUCGAAACGAUCGUGCUUGAGCCGGGUACGUACCUGAACACGGCAACCAUUUCGAUCCAAAAUAGCAACUCGGACCUAUUUGGGGUCACACUCCAGCAGCAGGGAGUAGUCACGAUCCGACUGCUCAAGGAACUGGACCAAGCAACGGUAAAUGGGCUCGAUCGUUUCGAGUUUAUACUGGAGUGUACUAAUCCAGCCAUGGCAUCCGGGUUCGCCACCAUCGUCAUCGACAUUGAUCGCGCCGUAGAUCCGGAGUUCACGCAGUUCUUCUACACCGGCGAGGUUCAACAGGGUGCCAAAGAGAUCGUAUUCGAUCGCAAUAUAAUGCUCAGGUCGGAAACGAUCAGCACCGGCACUACGUAUAACAUACAAGGGGUGGACAGUGCACUGGUUCGCUAUGUAGUAUCAUCGACCGAUCAAACCCUUGGGUUCUUCCUUCGAGACGAAGUGACCGUCGAGCAGCUAAAGACCCGAUCGGACCUUAGCUUCGCCGUGGUAGCCACCAACCCCAGGAGUAACAAGCCGGCCGUAACCUCAUGCUCGGUUAAAAUAAACCGCGAACCACAACCUUCCUUCACGCAAUCAUCGUUUCAGGGAAAAAUUGUCGAAGGGCAAACACUGGUGAACUUUGGUGAUGCACCGAUCGCUUGGGAACCGGACACGGUAACAGCUGCGACGAUCUUCACGAUCGUAUCCAGCUCACCGGCCGAUUUUUUCGAGGUUGCAGUGACGGAAGACCUCAGAACGGCCACAGUCCGGUUGCGAUCGGAAGUUCGAUGGGAUCAGGUUCGGUCACACCUGUACUUCAAACUCGUCCUACAGGCGGUCACACCCGGUGCACAAGCGGCUGAGUGUACGCUGUUGGUGGAGGUAGAAAACCAACCCACCAUUACGCCGGCCUUUACGAAAUCGAUCUACCGCGGAUCGCUUCAGCAGGGCACCAAGGAGGUGAUCUUUUCGGCCGCGGAAACGAUUACCGUCAAAGCGGACACUAUGAUGGAGACGUUUCAGUACGUGACCUCCUCCGAGGAUGACGCAGCGCUGUUUGAUGUGGCGCUGGUCGAUGGAAACAAGCUGAAGGUAUCGCUGAAAGAAGCCGUAGAUGCGUCGAGCAUCGAGGGGCGCGAUCUUCUAAGCUUCAACAUCAACAUCAACAACCAGUACAGUGCCGUCGACACGGCGACGGUAGUGAUCACCAUAAAGCUGGAUGAUAUCAUCAGUCCGACCUUCGGUAAGCUGCUGUACUCGGGCGCUAUCACCGAGGGCACCCAGGAGCUUCGGCUCGAAGAGACAAUCCAGCUGAGUGUGGGUACAUACACUGACAAUACCGAAGUGGGUAUCGGCGGCGCUGAUGCUAAGUAUUUCACCCUUACGCGCACGGGAGCCCGGAUCGAGAUGACGCUUGUCGGUUCCCUGGACUGGUCCGAAUUGACUUCCACCGGACCCGGAGGAUACCUUAGUGUGUACAUCCAGGCAACCAAUCCCGGUAGUGACACUGCAACCGCGUUUGUUCUGAUCGACAUCGAGCAAAUCCAGCAGCCACAAUUUGCACAGGCCGCGGUCCAUGGCCACCUCGAGGGUGGAUCGCUCGAGGUAAUCUUCAUCGAUGGAUCCGAGCUGAAGAUUGUGUCCGGAAGUACAGAGCCAGGUUUGCAGUGGAAUCUAGCAGGCGACGACUAUUUACUGUUCGAUGGAUCGUUAAACGAUGAUCUGUUCAAGUUCAGAUUGAAAGAUACCGUCACAGCAGCACAAUUAGGUUCAAGAACUUUGUUCCAGUUUAGUGUUACCCUGAAGAACCCCAACAGUGGCACCGUGGAAGCUAGUGUUAUCGUAAACCGGAAGCUACCGACGCCCUUAUUCACAAAGCCCGUUUACUAUGGAGCGUUCGAUGGAGAUCUCCGCUUAAGCCUCGUCGAUGUAGUAGAAUUAACGGAGGGCAGCUUUACGUUCGGUACCUUAAUCACUGCAGUUGAAACAAACGUGGACUUUUUAGCCGUCGAGCAAAGCGAACGACGUGUGGAGAUGGCACUGACUCGCGCUCUAACGUUGGAUGAUUUCCGAGGGCUUCAGGUGGUGCAUGUUGCACUAGAAGCCCGUAUCAAUGACGAUGUAAAAGGCACCUGUUCGGUACUACUAACCGUUCCGGAGGGAACACCGUGCGUUCCUCUGCCACCGAUAGUGGAUUGCACCAGUUGCUACAACUGUACAACAGGCGGUGUUGAGGACGAUGUCCCCGUAUUUCCAUACGGAAACUUCCGGUACCAGCUUCGGCGAGAUACCCGUGGCCCCAUCGGGUCAGUGACGGCUACAGCAAAGGACCCAUCGGCUAUCGUAGAGCACCAAUUGGAGAUUACGGACGAAUAUCUCAAAACUUUUAUUUCGAUAACUCCCGAGGGAACACUGUCCUUGCUGCAGCCAAUCGUACCAAACGUGUACAGCUUUCUCGUGCAUGCGACGAACACCGUUGCUAGGAAACAGUCCUCAGCAAGCGUGCUCUUAAACGUUCUCAAUGCGUACGAAUGCACGGAGGGCGACAAACAGGUAACGGUGGAUCAGUCCCUUUAUGUGCAGCAUCUCGACGAGGAGCGAGCACACACGACCAUCUUCCCGACCCAGCUAGACACGGCCUGUACCUACGAGCUGCUGAGCGAGCAUCCAACCGGCGUACUACAACCCUAUUUCUACAUCGACACCGAGACGAAUUGGCUCGCUUCGCGAAGUUUCGAUCGGGAGAAUCGCGAACUAUUUGGCGAUAUGAUGGUGCCUCAAUUCCGUCUCCAGUUGCAACUUCGGUGUGACACCGAGCGGCAACAAACGGCGACACGAUCACUCGUUAAGCGGUCCCUCGUUGAGACGGAGUCGAUCAACUAUGCGCCAGACCUAACGGUCAUCAGCAUCAUCGUGGACGAUAUUAACGAUAACGAUCCGGUGUUCGUGCAGCCACCGGAUGCAUCAGGUGGCACGAUACAUCUCGGCUACCCGGAGCCCUCGUUGGCCACCAGGUUGAUGCUGGCACAGUUAACCCGAAUACAGGCGACGGACGUUGACGAAGGGCUGAAUGCCAAAAUCCGGUACAGUUUGGUCGAUUCGGCUGGACACUUUGUAGUCGAUCCGGAGGAGGGCCUAGUUUACCCAACUAGCGACGCUUUGCGCGAAACAAACGAGGUGGAGAUCGUGGCGAUCGCGACAGAUCGUGAUGGUGCCAGCGAUGGGCGUAGCACGAGACUUCCGAUGGUCGUCCAUCGGUUAGCGAGUGAUCAAAUUGCCAUCGUCUCAUACACGUUGAUCGGAGGAACCACGUGGCAGGACUUGGUUGAUCAAAUCAACCGGCAGGAUAACUUUAAGGUUCAACUAUUGCACCAGGCGUACGUUCCUUCGAGUGAGCCUAGUCAAACCGAGAGGAGAAGUGCUCGACAAGCCCUGGAGUCCAGGAGGCCUUUGCGAUUGGUGGUAUACGCCUUUGACAAUAACAACCAACCGAUGGAUACAGACUCUAUUCGAAGCGGCAUUCGGCGGGCAGUCCCAAGUAUUGACGACACGGCAAUAGUUUCUUUCGGUGAGGCCGUAUGCUCCACGGAUCCAAACUAUUGUGCGGACGGUUUAUCGGGUAGCAACGUCGGUCUGAUUGCGUCCACCUCCGUACUAGGAGCGCUAUUCGCAAUCAGUCUGGCUAUCGGCAGUGUGCUAUACGUGCGCUACGUGCGUCCACUGUCGAAGAACGCAAACAGUGAUCCAUCCGACGUCGAACAGCUGGAAAAUGAUUUCGAUCCCAGCCCCCCUUCGACGCCACCGGCGAAAAGGGAACAGGAACCAACCAUCCUGGAGGAGGUUCAGGGACAAGAUCGGAAAAUAUCGAUCAACAUUGCCGGUAUAACCAUGCAAGAAUCCGUGGACGACCAUGGCGAGCCACAUCGGCUAGCGCGUACCUUGACCGACCGGCUAGAGGAAGAGGAUGAGUACGGCGCAUCGUCUAGUGACACUUUCGGAUCAGCGAUUCCUAGUUCGGAGCCGAAAAAUGUGAAAUUUAACGAGGUUGUCGAAAGGAUAGAGGUUCAGGAACACCACAGCGACAACGAAGACAACGAUGACGACGAUGGUGGUGGCGAUGAUGCGAUAUAUGAGGAACGAUUAUGAAAGGGGUUUCGGGAAUGUUUCUUAAAACUUAUGCAAAAAUGUUUAAGUUGAAAAAGAAAACAAAAACCGGUCUUCUCAGUGAACGAUAGAUUUUAACAAAUUGUCCUGUAACAAACUUUAUUCAUAAAAUUAUUUUUAAUAAACUACUCUUGCU